AUGAGCCAAUACACCGAUGAUCCUCUGAACUUCAGAAAAGACGGCCUGGGACCACUGGUGCCAGAAAGACCGGACUCUCCUUCACCCAGUGGCGUUUCCUUAAAAAGUGACCACUCGAAGGAUGAUCCUCUUAACUUCAGUAAAGGCGGCCUGGGACCACUGGUGCCAGAAAGACCGGACUCUCCUUCACCAAGUGGCGUUUCCUUAAAAAGUGACCACUCUAAGGAUGAUCCUCUUAACUUCAGAAAAGGCGGCCUGGGACCACUGGUGCCAGAAAGACCGGACUCUCCUUCACCAAGUGGCGUUUCCUUAAAAAGUGACCACUCAAAGGAUGAUCCUCUUAACUUCAGUAAAGACGGCCUGGGACCACUGGUGCCAGAAAGACCGGACUCUCCUUCACCCAGUGGCGUUUCCUUAAAAAGUGACCACUCAAAGGAUGAUCCUCUUAACUUCAGAAAAGACGGCCUGGGACCACUGGUGCCAGAAAGACCGGACUCUCCUUCACCAAGUGGCGUUUCCUUAAAAAGUGACCACUCUAAGGAUGAUCCUCUUAACUUCAGUAAAGGCAGCCUGGGACCCCUGAUACCAGAAAGACCAGACUCUCCUUCACCCAGUGGCGUUUCCUUAAAAAGUGACCACUCUAAGGAUGAUCCUCUGAACUUUAGUAAAGGAAAAUCAGGACCACUGGUGCCAGAAAGACCGGACUCUCCUUCACCCAGUGGCGUUUCCUUAAAAAGUGACCACUCAAAGGAUGAUCCUCUUAACUUCAGAAAAGACGGCCUGGGACCCCUGAUACCAGAAAGACCAGACUCUCCUUCACCCAGUGGCGUUUCCUUAAAAAGUGACCACUCAAAGGAUGAUCCUCUGAACUUUAGUAAAGGACGCAUGGGCCAGCAUUGA